AUGGAAACGCGGGGUGAAAACGCCGAGGCGGCGCGGUUUGGGGGCGCCCCGUCCAUCCUGCGGCGCUCCCGGGCGCGCCGCGGCGGCAAGCGCGUGCGCUUCGCCCAGGUCACCGUCUACUACUUCGCCCGGCGCCAGGGCUUCACCUGCGUGCCCAGCGCCGGCGGCAGCUCCCUGGGCAUGGCCCCGCGGCACCACCGCGCCCGCAGGUACAGCCUCAGCCAGUUCGCUCACCUGCGCCAGGCCAGCCACCGGCAGCACCUGCGGCAGCACCUGCGCAGGGAGAAGCUGCGCGCCAGGAGGAGGGAGCUGACCCAGAACGGGACGGUGCCGUCGGCCGAGGCGGCCGGGCUCACCUUGGCCGACGUGUCCGACGACGACCUGGACGUGGGGCAGGUGGAGGUGGGCGAUUACUUCUACCUGCAGCCGCUGCCCACCAAGCGGCGGCGGGCGCUGCUGCGCGCCUCGGGCGUGCGCAGGAUCGACGCCGAGGAGCGGCAGGAGCUGCGGGCGCUGCGCCUGUCCCGCGAGCAGUGCGGCUGCCUGUGCCGCCUCACCUGCGAGCCGCGCACCUGCGCCUGCAGCCAGGCCGGCAUCCAGUGCCAGGUGGAUCGCACGUCCUUCCCGUGCGGCUGCUCGCGGGACGGCUGCGGCAACGCGGCCGGGCGCAUCGAGUUCAACCCACUGCGCGUCCGCACCCACUUCCUGCACACCCUGAUGAAGCUGGAGCUGGAGAACCGGCGGCAGGAGGAGGAGGAGGAGGAGGAGGAAGGAGCGGCCGCACCGCCCGGCCCCACCUGGCCGCCCACGCAGCCCCCCGAGACUCAGGACUUCCAGGAGUACCUGGCGGAGAACGAGCGGGCGGUGCUGCACCUGCAGACGGCCGAGGAGCUGGAGAGGCUGAAGGCUGAGGAAGACUCUGCAAGCGGCUCCGGGGGAGAGGGGGGCGGGCUCUGCGUCCUGGGGGAGCACCUGGAUGACAGCUGGCAGGUGAAACCUCCGCCGUGCCCCGGCCUGGCCUCCACCAUCCUCAUCCCAGCGCAGUUCCCGCUGGAAUCUUCCGUCCUGUGCUACCCCCCGGGGCAGCCGGCCCAGGUGGGCACCCAGCCUUACCUGGCCGAAGCACCUGGGCUCUACAGGGGUGGGCACGUGGAGCAUCCGGCCUCCAGCCCCCCCGGGAAGGAGCUGGGGGUCCCACCUGUCCCUGCUGCUGUGAGCAAGGGAGCGGCACCCCAAAAUCCGCCGGAGCACCUGGAGCACCCCCACCUGCCCGUAUGA